CCAGACAGACCCUGCCCUUUCCUUUCUGUCGCCCUGUCUGUGGAUUCUGUAUUGGAGAGGUUUGGGACACUGACAAUGGGAAGCUUUCUUUACGGCCUGCAAUGCUGACACUCCUGUUCCUCCUGUUGGGAAUUUAUGUUAAGUGUUCCCAGUGUCCCCUUUGAAUGUCUGUCAUUAUGGCGAAGCGUGAGACUGGCAGCACCAGCCCUGUGGUGAGGCAGAUAGACAAGCAGUUCCUGGUCUGCAGCAUCUGUUUGGACCAUUAUCACAACCCAAAGGUGCUGCCCUGCCUGCACACCUUCUGUGAGAAAUGUCUACAGAACUACAUCCCUCCCCAGUCUUUGACACUAUCCUGCCCAGUAUGCAGACAGACUUCUAUCUUGCCAGAGAAGGGUGUGGCAGCCCUGCAGAACAACUUCUUCAUCACAAACCUAAUGGAGGUGUUACAACGAGACCCAGAGUGCAGCCAGCCUGAGGCAGGCAAUGUUCUUGAGUCAGCCAAUGCAGCUACAACUUGUCAGCCCCUUUCUUGCCCUAAUCACGAGGGCAAGGUGAUGGAGUUUUACUGCGAGUCAUGUGAAACAGCCAUGUGUCUGGAGUGUACAGAAGGAGAACACAGGGAACAUGUGACGGUGCCUCUAAGGGAUGUGCUCGAACAGCAUAAGUCAGCCCUUAAAGGUCAGCUGGACACUGUUCGCAACAGACUACCUCAGCUGACUGCUGCCAUUGACCUUGUGAAUGAGAUCUCCAAGCAACUUACAGAAAGGAAAAAUGACUCUGUGACAGAAAUCAGUAAUACUUUUGAUGAGCUGGAGAAGGCCCUACACCAACGCAAGACUGCUCUCAUUACUGAGGUGGAAAACAUCUGCAGCACCAAGCAGAAGGUGCUUCAAGCUCAGCUUACCUCUUUGCUUCAGGGCAGAGAGAACAUUCAGAGCAGCUGUAACUUCACAGAGCAUGCCCUGAGCCAUGGGAGCGCCACUGAAGUCCUUCUGGUCCAGAAACAAAUGGGUGAGAGGGUGAGUGCUCUGGCAAGACACAGCUUUCCCGAGCAUCCUCAUGAAAACGGACAUCUGGAAUGCCAGGUGGAGACGGAUGGAUUGAGGCGCUCCAUUCAGAACCUAGGAGUCCUGAUCACAACAGGGGCUGUCGGCCAUACCAGCGUUGCCACCGGUGAAGGUCUGCGACACGCACUAGUUGGCCAACACACCACUAUCACAGUCACCACUAAAGACAAAGAUGGAGAAUUGGUGAAGACUGGUAACGCGGUUCUUAGGGCAGAGAUUAUCUCUGUGGAUGGGGUGUGUACUGAAGCUGAGGUGGUGGACAACAAAAACGGCACCUACGAGGUUGGAUACACCCUCCGCUCUGAGGGAGAAUUCACCUUCUCUUUGCUGCUAUAUGAACAGCCUGUGAGGGGGAGUCCUUUCCGUUUGCGUGCUGUCAAACCGUCAGAUGUCCUGCAGUCGCCAGACGACGUGAAGAGACGAGUGAAGUCCCCAAGCGGAGGAGGAGGUCAUGUUCGCCAGAAGGCCGUGCGCAGGCCUUCCAGCAUGUAUAGCACCACCAAGAAAAAGGAAAAUCCAAUAGAGGACGAGCUGAUAUAUAGAGUUGGAACAAGAGGGAGAGAUAAAGGAGAAUUCACCAAUCUUCAAGGCAUCUCGGCCUCCAGUAAUGGUCGGAUUGUGGUAGCAGAUAGCAACAACCAGUGCAUACAGGUUUUCUCUAACGACGGCCAGUUUAAGUUGAGGUUUGGGGUAAGAGGUCGUUCACCAGGCCAGCUGCAGCGCCCCACAGGAGUCACAGUAGACAUGAACGGGGACAUAAUAGUAGCUGACUAUGACAACAGAUGGAUUAGCAUCUUUUCCUCGGAUGGCAAGUUCAAGAAUAAGAUUGGCGCUGGAAGAUUAAUGGGCCCCAAAGGUGUGGCUGUGGACAAGAAUGGACACAUUAUCACGGUUGAUAAUAAGGCCUGCUGUGUCUUCAUCUUCCAAUCAAAUGGGAAGUUGGUGACAAAGUUUGGAGCCAGAGGAACAUCAGACAGACACUUUGCAGAGAAAAGUGGUGCAAACAUUGCACUGGAUACAAAGAUUAGUAAAUCUGGCCCUGUUUUCAGUCCUCACUUUGUGGCUGUAAAUAACAAAAAUGAGAUUGUGGUAACAGACUUCCACAACCAUUCAGUGAAGGUGUACAAUGCAGAUGGGGAGUUCUUGUUUAAAUUUGGCUCACACGGAGAGGGGAACGGCCAGUUUAAUGCUCCAACGGGUGUGGCUGUGGAUGCCAAUGGAAAUAUCAUUGUUGCUGAUUGGGGAAACAGUCGGAUCCAGGUGUUUGACAGCUCAGGGUCUUUCCUCUCCUAUAUCAACACAUCAGCAGACCCGCUUUAUGGCCCCCAGGGCUUGGCUCUCACAUCUGAUGGCCACGUGGCGGUGGCAGACUCUGGGAACCACUGCUUCAAGGUCUACCGUUACCUACAGUAGAUACCCAAGAUAGCCAUCUUAAACACCGCAAGCACUGACGACACAACCAAUGUAUUCCACAAGGUGCAAUGAUUUUUCCAGUACAGCCUUUUGUGUGUCGCCUCACCUUACCUUUAUGAUGUGAAUUGACCAUAGACAGCAUAAAAGGUGGACGUUGCUACCGUGGCAUCAUCCAUGAAUUUUGACUUGAGAUGAGCAUUUUCACCAUCACCAUCUUGGUUUCAAAAUACCAGAUGUGAUGAGGAGGGGUGGGUUUAAAUCUGAAACUGCUUGCUCAUUGGCUAAUGACUUGUCAGUUACAAGUGGUUAGCCAAUGAUUGGGAUAAUCACAGCACAUUAAUCCACAGAUAAUGAUCCUUUUUGAAACAUUGUAUGACCAAGAUUUACAAAGUAGACUUAAUUUUUUAUUCAGUGUGCCCCAAAAUGAGUGACUAAGGCCCUAAAGUCAUGAGGGAAGGGUUUACAGAGGUCAAAACAGAAAGCCAUUUUCCCAUAAACUUCUAUAGGGUCAAAGUCUAUUUGCAACGUCAUCUAUUGCCAUCUGGUGGCCUUGAGAUAGAAUGCUCAUUUAAGCUGCUUGCACUGGCUUCAUUUUUGCUAACCUGGAAACUCCGUCCAUGUUUUAUCCUGUCUGUGGAACUGACGGUUAACUUUAAAAUUGAGUGACGUAGCGUACCUCGGAACAAGCGAUGACUUGAAGCUAUGGACUGGUUUUUGAAAAUCUGCAAAUACUGACAUGGAUGGUAUUCUUAAACAACACUUUCUGUGAGAGCUGACAGGGUAGGAGAUAGUUGGAACUAUUUAAUCAGCCAUAACUCGUCCAGAUGCAUGAAACUUUACUUUAUCUUGAUACCUAGACAACAACACAGUGCACCCAUUAGUUGCUUUCUCAUGAACUAGUUAAUGCUUACAGUGAAAUAAACAGCGCUAUGCUUCUCCAGCAAUGAAAUGUAAAACUUCUCAUUUACUGACAUCUCACAUAAGUGUCACCACCAUCUGUGCAUUGAUUUGCUGUAUGUACUGUAUAUACAUGAAUGUAUAUUGUGUAUAUUAGAUCACUCACUAUGUAUGUGCUAUGAUUUUUUGUUUUUUUUGUUUUUUUGUUUUUGAAACACUCAGCCUUGUGGCAGUCCAGAUCACAGGAGUCAAGGAUUCCCGGAUUUUAAACAUGUGUAUGGCAGCUGUUAAAGAGUGUGCUUUCAAACAUACCCAGCACAUGCUUAAAUGAAGAAUCGUCAUAUUUAUUGCUAUUGUAAGCAGCACAAUGAUCGUUUUUGUUAUUAUCUGUUAUCUUGAAGGGGAAAAACAAUGUAAAAUGCUAAUUUAUUUUAUUUUAUACUAGCUCAGCAUUUGCAAAUUAUUUUUCUAAAUAUUUUUUCUUUCUUUCAAGCUUCACACUUUCUCCCUUUCCCCAAAUUAACCCCCUUAAAGCAGAAUUCAGUAUCCACCCGCAUCUGGGAAAUGUAGAUCAGUGUUUGUGCACUUGGGCAGCUCUUUUCCAAAGCUACAACCCUAUCUGGUUUUUAUUUACAAUAACAACAAAAACUAUCUGUAUUUAUUUAGGUUUCUGUUUUUAGGAUUUUGGGUUCAUAGAAGCACUGGCUUGCCUUUAACAAUUCAAUAGCUUUUAUUCAAGUGCUACCACCUGGACAGAAAUAAUACAUGUAUCUCAGGAAAUCCAUCCAAAUUUCACAAUAUCAGUAGGAGAAUAUUAAAUAGUUUUGUUUUUUUUUUUAAAUUUCAUAAACUCAUAGGCAUAAUAGUGGGACAGGCACAUUGGGAGCUUUGCGAGAAAACUGUUAAUUUGUGCAAAUUUAAUCUGAAUCCAAGGUCAUAACUUAUUGGGACGGAAGAUGAAUUCUGUUUUAUUGUGUUUGUUGCUUUGUGGUUUUCAUAUUAGAAACUGUUACAGAUGUAUUACCAGAAAUGACCGUUUAUGAGAGGACAUUGACUAGCAAGCACAUUCACGCUUAAGAGUACACUAUUUGUGAUACUGUUCUAAGCUUUCUGUCAAAUCUGAGUCUCUGCCUGGCUUCCAUCAUGCCAUGACUCUAAAUGAAGGACUCAUUUGUUCAUUCUAUGUAAUGUCAUACAAAAACACGGUGCCACAAUAGAAGAAAGACCGGGUGCAGCCAAGACAGACUCCCAGUCUGACUUAAUUAAUCACAGUACUAUGCUCAACACCCAGACACUUCCAUAACCUUUCAGUGUGGAGCUUUUCUGAGCUGCAGGAUAUGACUCAAAUUCCACCAGUUAAGUCAGCUAGGAAGCUGUGGUUUUCAUGCACCUCGACUCGUUGCCAAACAGGAGCAAGGACAUGCUCAUCUUUUUGAGAUGUGUCUAAAGCAUUUUAUCCAACCCAGUCUUGUUUUCUCUAUGAAUAUGCACUGGUAAUAAAAGCACAUGAUUUACUGAG